UGGUGGUGGUGUGAUCAUGUGACGCCUGCAUUUCCGACACAACAAUACAACACCGUAUCGGACUGCAAUCUCACUCCGCUUUCUCCCCCCCUACACCCCACGCCUCGCUCUCGGUAUGGCGGACGGCGAGAGGUCCCCGUUAUUAUCAGAUCUGGGCGAUGGUGCUCUCGGCAGCGGUAACGGCGGGGUGUCUCCCGGUGCGGGGCCGUACGGUGUGCCCAACAAACCACCGAGUUUCCCUCCAUUCCCCAGCCCCACUCAGCCAUCGGUGCUCCUGGGGGAGGACCCCCCGCCCUAUUCCCCUCUCACUUCACCAGAGAGUGGCAGUGCCCCAGUUAUCAGCUGCAGGGUGUGUCAGAGCCUCAUCUCUGUGGAGGGCAAGAUCCACCAACACGUGGUGAAGUGUGGGGUUUGCAAUGAAGCUACGCCCAUUAAGAAUGCCCCAGCAGGAAAGAAGUACGUGCGAUGCCCCUGCAACUGUCUGCUCAUCUGCAAAGUCACUUCCCAGAGGAUUGCCUGUCCCCGACCAUAUUGUAAGAGGAUAAUAAAUCUGGGUCCUGUUCACCCUGGUCCGGCCAGUCCUGAUCCCCAGCCAGCUGGAGCCCGCGUCUCCUGUGGACACUGCAGCAACACCUUCCUGUGGACAGAGUUCACAGAUCGGACGCUGGCCAGGUGCCCACACUGCAGGAAAGUCUCUUCAAUUGGUCAGAGGUAUCCACGGAGGCGGAGCUUGUGGUGUUUUCUACUCUGCUUGCUAUUCAGCGUUUCAACCGCCGGAUUGAUGGCUGGAACGUGGGUGAAGGCUCAGACCUACCAGGGAAUCUACGCCUCGUGGGCCGUGCUGCUGCUCCUGGUUCUCGUCACCCUGGCUCGGGCCUUCUACUGGGCCUGCAUGAGGGUCAGCCAGCCCCUGCAGAACUUCACAUAAAGCCCCACCACCACCACCACCUCUCCUUCAUCUGCCAUAUCUCUCUUUCCAAACCGUCUGGCUGGAGGAAAGAUGGCUUUAAAGAAAAAAAAAAACCCACAAUAUUUAUUUAAAUCCCAGCUACAGAAAGAAACAGUUCUCCUUCUCCUGUCCCUUCCCUUUUAGUCCAAUGUGUUUCUAAAACUGGAUGGCGGUGGCUGCGACUGCUAUAUAUAUCUAUUGGUAAUUAUGAUGACACGUAUAGCCUAAUGUACUGUUUAUCUGUUCUAAUCUCGUGGCCAGUGUGGGGCUCAUUUUAACAUUUUUUUUUUUAAAAACGCUGUUUCCUUUUCUCUUUACCUCUACGCUGGUUUUCGUCUGUGGCACAUCUGCUGCACUCGUAUCUUCUAAGGCGAGGGCUUAAAGUUAAGUCUUAGAUGUGAUUAUUGCCCCCACCCCCCCUUAAUUUGGGUACUUCCCCUUUCUAAUCCUAAUUUGACAUUAGUUUGAGUAUUUCAGCAUUUAACUUUUCUUUUUAAACUGAAAAACAAAAGUCAGACGAAGCUAACAAAUUUAUGCCAGUAAGAGGAUGAGUGGCUGGAGGGACAUCAGGCUCCUUUUUGUGAAUCAAAAAGAUCAAGUAGGUGCUGAAAAGUGUCUGAAAAAUUGAAUUCAGCAGUGUGUGAAGGUAGGCUAUGAUGUUUCUGAACUCUGUGUUUAUGCUGAAUUAUCCCCUGGGACUGACUUUGAUCCAAAGCAGCAUGAAAGCCUUAAAAAGGAGGUGCGAUAGAAGGAUUCAACAUUCGCGCGUGCACACAGACACACAAACAUUACAAUACACAGCCACAUUAAUGCAUACCAUCACACAACAAAAGCGGGGAUGCUCUUUUAGAGUUGCACCAGCUCAGAAAGCAGUUUGUCAAAGGCAGACCAGCCUCCGACUUCAAAGACAGACCUGCAGACAGAUUUCCUCCACGCCGCGGUUUGUUGUUUCAGUCGGGGAAAGAAGUGACAUGCGUGAAAGUUGUGGUCCGACAAGAAUGUCACCACAUUUGAAGCUUCUUUUUCUCGGGCCCAAACUGCAGCCAACAGGUUCGCACCAACUUAUCUGUAGUCAGCAUAUCAUUAACAGCAGAGCUUGAGAAAAUCCUUUCUCCCGUUUCUGAGAGAUGCGUGCAUGUGGUUUGCUCGUGGUACAUUUUGUUCAGCGUGGCUCUCUGAAACACAGCGGAAUGUAAAAACAAACAAACCACAAAUGGGUACUGACUUUUAGAAUACUGAUAUCUGCCUCCUUACAUCCACAAAACCCUCCGAGUAUAUCUGGAGGUUUUUUUGUUGUUGUUGUUGUUGUUGUUGUUGUUGGUUGUACAUUUUCAGACUUACAAACUGAACCACAGGGAGGGUUUUGUUAAAAAAGCGCUGAAAUCUGAGCUUUUUGUGCUAAAAUACAGGAUGUCAGUUUGACAGCUGCAGAUAGAAACCCUUACCAUUUCAAGACCUGCACCUUGAAUGCACCUGAAGUUUCAAAAUAAGUCACUUUAUUUUGACAUUGAAGCACCGUGUUGCUUAGUUCCUUUUGUGUUUCGGUUACAUUUGGGAUCACUUCAUGUGUGUCACUUUUUUUUUUUUUUUUUUGGUCACUGAAGAUGGAGGCUGGUAGUGGGGAAGUUUUCACAUUAAGGCCAGUGGGAGAAUAGGUCAGUAACAUAAAUGCAAACACACUAUGUAUACAUUCUCACGCAGUGCAAGUCUGUAACUCGUCUGUGGUUCUGAAUGUGGUAACAUUUUAUUUCUGUUUGUGCAUUUUUUUUUCUUCUUUUUUGUUUGAUUGUAAAUAUAUUUGUUGUAUGAAGGAAGUGAUCAAUCGGAUUCUGUUCUGUCCGAGCUUAACACUACUGCUGCGAUCGCUGCUCGACUUUUAAUUGUUUCUUUUUUGAGAGCGUUAUUUUUGCAGCUCUGCAACUCUUAACAUAUUUAAGGAUUUUUGAACGACUACUAACCUGAAAAGCCUCUGGACACCCGUUCGUGUUCAAAACAUAAAGAUCAACAUACCAACAAAACAAAUACGGCUGAAUCACAUUCCCAAGUGAUGGCAUUUCACUCUCUUCCACACACACACACACACACAGACACACACUCAGCACCUUAUCCGGAAGUGAGAAACACUGCAUACAGCAAGAAUGAAGAGAUAACGUUACCCUGCUAGACUGAACUGAGGUCGCAAAUUGUCAAUAUGGAUGCAUCAUGUUAUUUAUUAUACACACUGCAAAAUAGGAUCAGCGAAACAAUUCAGCUUUUUAUAGUUUUACAGUCUUAUUUAUUGUGGAAGACAGCAGGUGUGGAGGAAGAUGUUGUUUGUCUUUUUUUCUUUUUUGCCAGUUUAAAGUUAUGGUCAGUGCAUUAAAUUUAAAAACUGGUGGAAACAAAAGAAAUGAGAUUAUAGAACGCGGCGCAAGAUGACUUGUUUAAAAGGAGCCUUUUUUGCAGUGGAGUGACUUUGUUUUAUCCACGACUGCAAAAGAAAUUAAUCAUGUUAACACCAGUAAUCAAGAACCUGGCUGAUGCUCUUUUCAGAGUUUGUUUACACUCAAAUAAAGACAUGAUGAUGU